AUGGAAAUGUUCAUGCAAAUGCUUCAGACACAAAACAAACUCAUCGAAACGUUGGCCAAAAAGAUGGAACAAUCUUCAUCGCUUCAAUCAAGAAAUACAGGUGUAACUAGUGUCAACCUCGCCAAUGCGGUUACAGAAUUAACAUAUGACGCAGAUGCAGAAUUGACGUUCGAAUCAUGGCACGCAAGAUUUGGGGAUAUAUUCACCGUGGAUUGUGCUCUAUGGGAAGACACUGACAAAGUAAGACUGCUCAUGCACAAACGUGGCUCCGCUGACCAUCAACGAUAUGCCAACUAUAUCUUACCUCGUAAAACAACAGACAUACAAUUUUCAGAAACAGUGAAGUGCCUUACCCUAAUGUUCAGUGCUCGUGCUUCAUUAUUUCAUACACGAUAUCAGUGCCUCCAAGUCAAGAAAACACAGUCAGAAGAUUUUGUGACAUAUGCAGGGAGAAUCAACCUCGAUGCUGAGCGGUUCAAACUGAAGGACAUCUCAAUGGACCAGUUCAAAUGUUUGCUAUUCGUCAGCGGAUUGCAGUCAUCCGCCGAUACAGAAUUACGCAAUUGUAUACCGUCGCCAAUUGACAAUUCCCCGGACCUCACUCUGCACAACACAACAGAAGAAUUUCAACGUAUCAAAAACAUAAAAAAUGACUCCACAUUGAUAACGAAAAGUCCGGAAUACAUUAACGUGAAUCGCUUAUAA